AGUAGCAGCGUAGGCCGGCACACAUCGUAUCACUGCUGCCUAUAUAACCGUUAAUAUCGUCGAGGAGAGGAGAUGUAUAGGGUCAAUCGUCAAAUGUUGGUGCAGGCCACAACAUACCAUACCGCAGAAUCUACUCUUCACUUCUGCACCGAGUAAUCCAAAAACCGCCAUUUCAGAGAGAGAGACGAAGAAAGGUUACAAGGAGAAAGUGUUACAGCGAAGCAGAGGACGACGGAGACGCCGUUUUGGAUCCAAUAUGAGGCUUUCUGGAAACUGUAGUGCCGCCGUCGGCGGCAGUGUUGAGAGUACCAGUGGUGACUGCGGCGGAGACGCCGUGUGCGGAGGAGGAAGAGGGAGAGUGGUGGCGGUGGUGGGAGUGAAACUGGAUACGCCGAGUAAGGAACUGUUGACUUGGGCUCUGGUUAAAAUUGCUCAGCCUGGAGAUGUGGUCAUUGCUCUUCACGUCCUCAAUCCAAACAGCGAUAAAUCGGAGAUGCUAUCGCUGGUGAAGACCUUUGAUUCAAUGGUGACCGCCUAUGAAGGCUUCUGCAACUUAAAACAGGUUGAUCUUAGGUUCAAGGUUUGUAGAGGGUCACCCGCUCGUAAGGUUCUGGCCAGUGAGGCUAACAUUUACAAUGCACCAAAUUUGAUUGUUGGUACUUCAAGCACCCACCACACUAUCCGAUCAUCGGUUUCAGUUGCAAAGUACUGUGCCAGGAAGGUUGAGAAGAGCAUCUCGGUAAUGGCUGUAAAUAAUGGUAAGAUUGUCUUUCACAAGGAAUCGACUGGCCAAGGAUCACACAUCUAUGAUGUGCUUGAAUUGAGAGUGAAUAAUAAGACCUUGACAAAAAGCCCUUUGAGUUUAUCACCAAAGGCAGGUUCAGUGGAGGAUUCUUGUAUGCAGUUGCCAUUGUCAAGUAGUGGCAACGUGGGUACUUCACUGGCCUUGGUACCUGUUAAGACUAUGGAUGUGCCUGAAUCAAAUUCGGGAUCCGCAUUGCUUAGAAGAGUGCUUCUUCAGAACAUAAAAUCUGGAAAACGUUCCGCAAAAACACUGUCUAUGUUGCAAGCAGUUCAAGAACUACAAAAUCAAGAGUCUUUCAAACCUAUCGACCUUGAUCAGAAACAGAACAUAUCUGACAAGGAAGAGUGCCAGUCUUCUAAUUUGGAUGUUGUAGCUGCUCCAACUGAAAGCACCUCUUUUCAAAUUCCUAAGGAACUAGAGUGCCUUUCCAAGAAAUAUUCAUCUACUUGCAGGCUGUUUGGCUACCGGGAACUCUUGACAGCAACUUCUAGUUUCAUUCCUGAAAAUUUAAUUGGAAAAGGUGGCAGCAGUAAGGUGUACAAAGGGUGUCUUCCAGAUGGGAAGGAGUUGGCAGUGAAAAUUUUUAAGCCAUCAGAAGUUGUAAUGAAGCAGUUUUUGUCAGAAAUAGAGACCAUUACGACUUUGCAUCACAAACACAUUAUUUCACUUCUUGGGUUUUGUAUCGAAGACAAUAACAUUCUAUUGGUUUAUGAUCUGUUAUCAAGAGGAAGCCUUGAAGAUAAUCUCCACGGUGCUCAAAAUAUUAGAAGUUCAUUUGGUUGGCAUGAUAGAUACAAGGUUGCUUUGGGGGUCGCUCAGGCUUUAGACCAUCUACACAAUUUAACCACGGGAUCGAUCAUUCACCGGGAUGUAAAAUCUUCAAAUAUUCUUCUCUCAGAUGAUUUUGAACCAAAGCUGUCCGAUUUUGGGCUUGCAACAUUGGCCUCAUUUUCUUCACGUGAUUUAGAUGGUACUGACAUUGCGGGCACAUUUGGUUACUUGGCUCCAGAAUAUUUCAUGCAUGGGAAAAUUAAUGAAAAAAUUGAUGUGUAUGCGUAUGGUGUGGUACUUCUUGAGCUUUUGUCUGGUAGAAAGCCAAUCGACAACACAAAUGCCAAGGGCCAGGAGAGUUUGGUCAUGUGGGCAAAGCAAAUACUGGAGAAUGGGAAACCUACAGAUUUGCUCGAUUUAAGCUUGAUUGACACAUAUGACCACGACGAGUUUGAGAGAAUGGUAUUAGCUGCCACCCUUUGCAUCAAACGAGCAUCUAAACUACGCCCUCCAAUCAACAUAGUUGUGAAGCUCCUCCAAGGUGAAGAAGAAGCCAUAAAUCUGGCGAGGCAGCGAGGCAAUGGCUCAGAGGGAGAAGUGGAUGUUGAGAGUGAACAACAAGACGCUCCACCAAACAUCCAAUCCUUUCUUAAUGUUGCAUUACAAAAUUUGGACAGCGAUUCCCUUUCCAGUUCUAGCUCUGAUCAACACAUAUCUGUAGAGGAUUAUUUGCGGGGCAGAUACAGCCGUUCUUCAAGCUUCGAUUAAUUUAUUCAUUGUGACAUAGGCUUUAUUUAGGAGCUUAUAGCUUAUUCAUUUGCGGGGUAGAUACAACCAUACACAUCUUUCUCUUGCCUGCUGAAA